CACGCACUUCCGCCCGUUUUAUCAGAAAGUUCCUCAGCGUAUCCGCUUUCGUACGUCUGAAGAAAAACCAUACAUGUUCAUAUUUUAGGUCGUUUCUUCAGUUGUUUUUUUUUGUUGUUGUUAAUUGUUUCCCAAGUGGGAUGCCUAAUUAUAUUCGCAAUGCAGAAGUAAGUCAAUUUCCUACCUCUGUAAGACAAUUAUAAGAAGAGUAUUUUAUAAUAUCGCGAAGGCGAAAUGGCGCUUGUUUCGGUAGACCUAGCUGGUGAUGUAGCAAGUCCUACUGCUAGCUCCGUUUAGCCUGAUUUAUUCGACUCCGCGUCCUUCCAAACGUAACAGCCACUUUUUAAAAAGAUGCCGGUUAUAACCCAGCUGACGUUAGUUAGCAAAAGGAAAAAGAAAAAAUGACGACAAUCUAUUUUCUCACUGACUGGAAAUGAGCUAGCUGAGGACACAGUUCACCUGCUAACCAGCACCAACUUCAACUUCUCGUGCUGCUAAUUUACCUCCCACAUGUCUACAUGUAGUUUUUAUUCUUUUAAUAUAGAUAUUCCUGACUGUACUUUAUGAAGUUUGUGUCCUGUUUUACCUCAUUAAUUAUACAAUUUUAGCUUUGCUAUUUCAGACUCGGAUUUCACUGUGUAUUGCUUAUGUGAGUAGAAAAGUAACGUUUAGUGUGUGUGUAUGUAUGUAUGUGUAUAUAUAUAUAUAUAUAUAUAUAUAUAUAUAUAUAUAUAUAUAUAUAUAUAUCCGUUUAUAUUAAACUGCGAAUUUUCAGUAUCUCAAUAUACAGUGCUGUAAAAAAGUAUUUGCCCCCAUCCUGAUUUCUUCAGUUUUUGUGUACAGCUCGUACUAAAUAAUUUUAGAUCUUCAAACGAAAUACAACAUAAAACAAAGGCAACCUGAAUAAACACUACCGUUUUUUAAGUUUAUUUUUAUUGAAGCAAAAAAAAAAAAAGAAAGCUAUCAAACACUUCUCGUCCAUGUGAAAAACUAAUUGCCCCCUUAAACUUUAAAGUCUAGUUGUGCCAAGACCCAUGAAAUAAUAUAUUCUGGACAUAUGGGAGAUAUAUCUAAAUAUUAAAAGUAGUUUUUAAAAGAGUUUAAGAGAGUUUUAUUUACCACUUUUGAUGUUAACAGAUUAACCAAAAAGUUACAUCAUAAAAUUACUAUGGUUAAUUAAUACUUUAGGAACCACUCAUGACUUUUGCCCCCAAUAUUGUUAGUUUGUGUUGUCACACAGAUAUUUAAAGUAAUAUAUAAAGUUGCAUCUGAAUUGAUGAAAACUAUGGCUAAAUAAUAAUAUACAAUGCUGUGAAAAUUAUUGGCCUUUCAUUGUGAUUUCUUCUGUUUGUGUCUCAUACUAAACAGUUUUAGAUCUUCAAACAAAAUACAACAUCAAACAAAGGCAACCUGAAUAAACACACAAUAUUUAUUUAUUUAUUUUAUUGAAGCAAAAAAGGUUAUCCAACACCCAUCAUCCAUGUGAAAAACUAAUUGCCCCCUCAAACUUAAAAUCUGCUUGUGCCACCUUUAGCAGCAAUAACUGCAACCAAAUGCUUCACUUAACUGGAGAUCAGUCUUUCACAGUGCUGCGGUGGUGUUUUGGCCCACUCUUUUUUGGAGGAUUGCUUUAGUUCACCCACAUUGGAGGGUUUUCAAGCCCAUUUAAGGUCGUGCCACCCACAGCAUGUCAAUGGACUCUAUGCACGAACGCUGCUUGCAUAUUUCCGGUAGAAUCUCAGCCAGUGACUUUACUUGCGUAUAGCGCGUUCCUAUAGUGAAAUGUACCAGCAGCAAAACUCUUUCGUACGAUUCAUUUUACAACGAGUAAGCUAUUAUAGUAUUAUUAUUAGUAUAUAAUAUAGUAAUGGCUUUCAGAAAGUUCAAGUAUCAACAGCGGGGAGAAAGCAGUUUGGCCGGACGUUGUUGUGUCCCGUUAUGCGAGGCCUCCUCAAAGUUCAACUCUUUACUGAGUUUCCACAAUUUUCCAGUGGACGAAGAAACACGCAGAAAGUGGAUACGCAACAUUCGACGUGAGACGUUUAGCAUCACAUCUCGUACAAGGGUCUGCAGUCGUCACUUCAUUAGUGAUGAUCUGAUGGAGCCAUCGACUACUGAAGGGCGUCGCAUGCUGAGGAAGGGGGCUGUACCCACCUUAUUCCAGUGGAACAGCUACUCCGUUCCAGAACCCAGGCGCACUGGGGUAUGGCAGAGGAGGGAGGUUUCUACUCGAGUGGAUGACGAUCCUGUGCCAAUGAAUGCCCAGCAUCUGGAACAUGAUUACUGUUCAUUUCCAGAACCCAUGGCAGUCGAUAAUGCACCGGAUCGGAAUGAAGAUCUACACGAAGAGAACGAGCGACUGAGAAGACAGGAGGAGGUGUCGGUCAGUCAAAGAUUUUGUUUGGGGCGAUUUGCUGCUUCCGACGAUGACAUAACCUCCCUCACUAGUGGAACAGGAGUUUACUACCAGGCAAUGCCUGCAGUGGGACCUGAUGGGAAAAAUGUGAUGAAGUUGAUUCCAGUUAAGAAAGUGAACGGCCACUUUUUUCACACGCAGGUUCUUCCUUCGAGAAACGUCUGUGUACCUGCUCACACGUCUCCUGUGCCUUCACCCCAGAACAGAAUCCCAACACUUCAACCAACAGCAGAUGGACGUUUCAUCUUAAAAACUCCUCUGGAAGUGAAUACAGUAUUUAAUUCGGUGAAAAGUCAGCACAGAGGAUCUAAUGCUUUAUUCCAGUCCUCUGCCAACCAAAUGCAUGUCCCAAAAAUCACCCAAAACAUGGCACAAAACACCUUACAAUCACCUGUUCAACCCAGUAACAAGGCUGUAAUUGUAUCCAACAGUACACAGCUGUCAAACACUGUGAAACCACCUGCACUGGCAAGUGGACAUUACCUUCAGAUCCCAGCUAACGCCACAGUUAGAACCCUCCCUGCCUCCGCGCUCCCAUCGUCUAUCCAAAACAGAAUCUGUCACUCCACAAAUGACUCCAGCCCUUUGAAGGGACUACCAAUGGUUCUGUACGUGUCUCCAGUCAGCUCUCUGAAAUUAGACCAACAAACAGCAUGUGUCAAAAAACCCAGUGCGCUUCCCCAGACUUUGAGUCACACGUCUACUGUGAGCGUUGUGAAAAGCCUGGAGGAAUCUCCUAGGAACAGUCAAGGGAGCACCACUCCAAUGAAGUGGGUGGUUGAAGAGAGGGAAGGAAGCAGUGCUCCGUACCUAAUACCUGUGACCUCACCCAACAUGUCCUCAGACAUCUUAAAAGCAGUCAAGCAUAUGGAAUCGUCAAGGCUUCCAGACCAAGUCGCAAAAGAACCUGUGUCUACCGACACCAGCAAAGAAACAGUUACUCCAGGGAAAGACAACGCCCUCGUGAUGUGCAACGGUAAAGUGUACUUUGUGGCUAAAAGAAAUUCUGAAGUCACCAAGGAUAUGAUUACUAAUGCAGAAAGCAAGCUGCACCCCAGAAACCCUGCCCAGUCCCCUACUGCCGCAUUAGGUACAGUUACUCCAAACGUGAGUCAAAAGCAAGACCCGAAAAGCCCGGGAGACCAUAAAAAGCCCAGUGAUAUCAUUGACUUGUGUGAUGAUGAUGAUGAGAGCUCAACUGGCACGUCAUCUGGGAGAAUAAUUAUACCAAGCGAUACAGUAAGCGAGCACGAUGAAGACUCUAAUGUGAUAUUUGUGUCAUACAUUCCACCAAAGUCAUCAGAGACUGAGAGCAGCAAGGACGUCACAGAGACAACAUCGACCAAUUGUGUGAACGAUGCAGACGACACGAAAUUAGACACAGAAAGCAUGGAGACAGGUGGCGAGUUGCUGAACAGUACCUGUAGCGCUGAAUUGGAUGCGAGUAAAUGUGAUGCUGUGCAUGUGAACGAACCUGCUCUUGAAGGAAACGAGGCAUCAUCAGAAACACUAGAAGUAGUUUGUGAUCAACAAACUGAUGUUACUGAAAAGUCUUUUGAGGAAAUGGUUCCAGACCAAAAAGACCAGCCUAAGAGUGAUUCUGAAUUCAGACGGACUUUUGGGAUUACCUCCGAUUUAAGCGUUUCCUUACAAAAGAUAGACGUGCCUAAUGAGGCACAGGAAGGUCACCCGCAGAACGAGAAAAGGUUAAUUAACAAACGCACGCUAGACGGCAUCCGCAAACUGAUUCGCGACUCAAAGAUUGAGACAAAAAUCAAACAGCUGAUUCAGACACAGGUGCCUGAAAAAACUGGCAAAAGAAAACGUUUGGAGAGAAAUGGAGAUAAAACUAGCUCGGAUACCUUUUCAUUCACUGACGAACAUUCUUCACCUCCAUCUAACACUUUAGUAGAAUGCGACCAUGAGACUCAAAGUGUGUCAGCCGAGCAGAGUACAGACAGACAGGUCGUUCAGACCUGUCAAGGUGCAGAGGAAGAAACCCCAUCCACCAGUGGUGCUUGUGACGUAUCAGACACGACCAUCAAUCACCUCUAUUUGUCCUCCUCGCUCGAGCCUGUACAAGCUCAUACUGCCAAGUGUCAAAGUGACAGUCCAGCUUGUUGUUCAGGGUUACGGAAAACUCCGCCUCGCUCAAGCAAGGGGUGUGGGAGAGUGUGCACAGCAUGUCCUUGUGGAACUAAGGUAGGAGGAGUGGCUGGAAAUUCAGCAUCUAAACCAGGAGAGAAGCCAACUCCCUGUUCAAGCAUUACUUCAUCUAAAAGUGUUUUGCCUGAAUCAAACCGAGAUGCGAUUACAGUCGACAGAUUGGCAGAUUCGGUUUCACGCUCAACCAACAGCAACAGUGCAUCAGGAAAGUCAGGAGAUGAAACGACACGUGGCAGCCAAUUACAUGUUAGUACGGAUGUUAAAAGUACUUUGCUCACUGCUACCUUUUCGACAAGCCAACCUGAGGCUACACCAGCAAUGACAGGAACAUGCAGCAGCAGUUCAAGAUGCACACAAGACACGACUCGUGAUAAACCUACAAGCAGCCAGUUAGAAACAGGUGCUCCGAAGCCAAGCAAACCAAACGAGAUGAAGACGAGCUCAUCCUCAGAUCGCCAGUUAUACUAUACGAGCUACAAAAUACCUAGCGAACUGUACUCCUCUGUAGUGCUGGACCCUGAGGAGAUAAAACGACAGGAGAGAAUCAAACGCCUUAAAGACCUUCUGCAGGAGAAGGAGGCUGCACUCGAGAAGCUGAGGAAGAGCAUGUGAGAGCGGCACGAAUCUGAAUUUACUUUUGGCAGCAAGAUAUCAAUGGAGAAAUUGCCAGUAUAUGUAGAGUAGAUCCGCGCAAGGCAGCAUCUGGUUAUAUGCAUACUUACGUUUUUGUGAUGUACUUCAGCAUUGGUGUGUUUCUUUGAAUGUACACACAGUAUGUCUAUGUUGAUAUAUUUACCAUUCUCUCUGUUUUCUAAACUUAAGUGUCAUGUUCAUGAGUUUCAUUAUGCAACAGAGUACGCGACGGGUUAGGACGUGGCCGAAUGCGGCUUCAUUUUGAAUUUGUAAAUUAUUUAACGUUUCAGAAGACCUGUACAGCUUUGUCAUUUAGAUGCUUAAUAUGGUAUACACGUUCCAGAUGGCUUGUCUACACAUCGUCUCUACAGAGUGUCCCAGACGUCUCCGUACAUAGGGGAAAUUUUUAGACUUUUUAGCAAAAUAUCUUUUCUUUUCAGAUAGUCUUUAAGAAUGUCUUUGACAAAAAUAUUGAAAUCAUUCUCUUGAUUUGAUCAGGAAGCUGCCUCACGGUUGCGCUGGACUUUAAUAAGAAACAUGGCAAACACGUCACACUCGAUGUUGUCGCCAAACUGGGAGCUAACCUUGGGAAAGACAACUGUGUGUCUGUGUGUGUGCGUGCGCAUGCGUGCAAAGUAAUGGCACAUCACAUGGAGGACGUUUUGUAAAUAAAGUUACAUUUGGCUAAAAAGUGUUAAUUUCCGCUAUGUAUGGAGACUUUUGGGACGCCCUGUACGUUUCAUUUAACAUGAAAUAAGUAUUGCUAACAUCAUUUUUCCUUUAUAGGAGCAUAGCUCCUUUCAAAAUGAACUUCAUCCAGAGUAGUAAGGGAUUAACGUCAUUCAGUUUGUUUUGCAGGUUCUGAGGUGAGGACCUUUUGGGAUUGUGCUACAGCUUUGUUAUCCUUUUCUUGAAAUGUCUUAUUAAAAUUCCUGUUUUGUA